AUGUCACUAUCUAAUCCGCUGGCUGGCCUGACUCAAGGCGCUGGCAAAGAGCAGCAGCAGCAAGGCGCUGAUGAAAAGUCAGUCCCUCGAACGGUGGCCGGCGUGGUCAACGAAAAGGGCGAGAUCAUCGACAAGACCGGCAAAGUCAUUGGCAGCAUCCGGGAUGUCAAGGAUGUGGACGAGCCCCAGAAGCUAGUCGGCGGUGUCGUCACGGAGACGGGCGACGUCGUCUCGGAAGCGGGCGACAACCUGGCCAAAGUCCACAUUGACGACAACUACACCCCCACCAGCGUGCCCGAGGGACCGAAGGAGGGAGCAAAGGCCGGGAGAGACUGGAACGUGCUGGGCAAAGCCAAGUCGGCCAUGCAGUACGGGCAGAACAUCCAAAACACCUACGGCAAGCUCGCUGGGUUGAGGAAGCCCACGGACGAAGGAGAGGGGGCGGAAAAGGCCGAGCAGAUUCCCGGCGAAGCUCAGAAGGAGGCAGAUGUUGGGGGCCGGGCGGAAAAGCCCGCGCAAGAGCUGAAGACGGCUUCUGGCGAUUCUCAAAAAGAAGCGGAUGUGGGGGGCAAGACGGCAAAGGCAAAGGAAACUACAGGCGACGCUCAGCAGAAAACGGCGGACACGGCAAAAGGGGCAGAAGAGCUGAAGAAGCCAUCUGGUGCUCAGCAAAAGGAGCCCGUGGAAGCACCGGCGGACAAGGGAGAAAAAGACCUCAAAGGGGUUUCAGACGAAGCUCGAAAGAAAGCCGACGUCGAUUCUCAAGCCGCGGAAGUGGCAGGCGCAGCUGAGCAAGCUCCCGAAGCCGGUAAGGGCGCUGCCCAGGAAGAGCCACGGGGCGGUGCCGAGCCUAUGAUUACGCGCAGCCCCAGGCCAGUCGACGAGGAUCGGCACGUGCCGGAACCACCGGCAGGCGACACUGCCGAAAAGAAGCACGACGUUUCUGCGGUUGAGGACAAGGAAAAAGAGGCUGCGGGAAGAGUCCAGGCCGAGGGGCAAGUCGGCACCCAGGAUAAGGCUGACAAGCUCGGCAAGAUUGGUGAUGAAGGUGCGGGAGACAAGCAGCUUGGCGGUGACAAACUCGGCGAUGUCAAGGCUCGAGGAGACUUGGCAGGCGAUGAAGAGGCUUCUGAAGAGAGUGAGGGCGGAGCUAAGACAGGGCUGGAGGUGGAAGAAGAAGAAGCUAUUGUCGAGGAACUCGAGCACGAGGAAGUUGCUGAUGAGCUCCAGGACACAGAGGGAGCUGUAGAGGGAGCCGCAGAAGAAGCUGGCAAAGCGGUAGACAUCAGCAUACUAAAGGGCACCACGGCCGACAAAGGCGGUAACCUGGUCGACGAAGAAGGCGCUAUCAUCGGACGCCUGGUUGAAGGUGACGCCAAGCAGCUCGUUGGCAAGAGCGCCGACGACCAAGGCCGAUUCUUGGACGACUCCGGCCAAGUGAUUGGAAGAGCAGAACCUAUCCCCGAGGCCAUAGAGGGAGCCGCAGAAGCCGCCAACCCGUCGGACCUCAGCAUACUAAAGGGCACCACAGCCGACAAAGCCGGUAACCUCGUCGACGAAAAGGGUGACAUCAUUGGGCGUCUGGUCGAAGGCGACGCCAAGCAGCUCGUAGGCAAGAGCGCCGACGACCAAGGCCGAUUUUUGGACGACUCCGACCAAGUGAUUGGGAGAGCAGAGCCUAUCCUCAAGGACACAGAGGGAGCCGCAGAAGAAGCCGCAGAAGCAGGCAAACCGUUGGACCUUGGCGUACUAAAGGGCACCACGGUCAACAAAGCCGGUAACCUGGUCGACAAGAAAGGCGACAUCAUCGGACGCCUGGUUGAAGGCGACGCCAAGCAGCUCGUCGGCACGAGCGCCGACGACCAAGGCCGAAUCUGGAACAGCUCCGGCCAAGUGAUCGGGAGAGCAGAGCCCAUCCCCGAGGACGAGCGCGACGAGACAGCCAAGGACUUUGCGCCCUUUGAGAACUUCCCCGACGCGGUAGUCGAAGCCGACGGCCGCGUCGUCUCGGACGGGAGACAAGUCGGCCAGGUGGUGGAAGGAGACCCGAAGCGCCUCAAGGGCUGCCACGUGGACGAGGACGGCGACAUCCUCGACCGCCGAGGCAACGUGAUUGGCAGAGCGGAGUCGUGGGACGAGCCUGAGGCGGAACCCGAGCCCGAGGUGGAUCAGUCGGCCCUGGCAGGCAAGCGGGUCAACAAGGCCGGCAACGUGGUGGACUCGCAGGGCCAGAUCUGGGGCCGCGUGGUCGAGGGCGACCUCAAGGCCCUCAUCGGCCGCAUGUGCGACAAGCAGGGCAACAUCAUGAGCGAGUCGGGCGAGGUGAUUGGCAGGGCCGAGCUGGUGCCGGAGCAUGAGCGUGAGGGCUCUCGCGAAGGACCCUUUGCCGAGCUGGCGGGCUGCACCGUCGCCAAAGACGGCACGGUCGUCACCCCCUCGGGCGAGGUGGUUGGCAGGCUGGUCAGCGGCGACGCCAAGGUCCUCUACGGCCGCCCCGUCGACGAGGACGGCGACGUGCUCGACAAGAACGGCAACGUGCUCGGAAAGGCCGAGCGGUGGGAGGAGCCCGAGGUAGAAAAGAAGGUGAACCCGCUCGCCGGCCGCAAGGUCAACCGCGAGGGCAACGUCGUGGACGAAGAGGGCAACAUCAUUGGCAAGCUGACGAGCGGCGACGUCAACAUCUGCGCCGGCAAGGAGGUCGACGACGACGGCGACGUCGUCAACGCCAAAGGCGUCACCCUCGGCCACGUGAGCCUGCUGGAGGACAUUCCCACCGAGUCAGAAGAGGAGAAGAAGGAGCGCGAGCAGCGGGAAAAGGACAGGCAGCUCGCCGGCCAGCUGGCCGCCUUGAUUGAGCAGUCCCUCGACAAGCUGCGGCCCAUCCUGAAGCUCAUCACCGACAAGGUCGACCGGGCCGAGAGGACUCCCAAGGACGAGCUGGACGAGAAGCAGCUCGUCCGGGAGGUGAAGCCGCUUAUCGAAGACGGCAGCAAGAUCCUGACCGAGACGAACGGGGCGGUGCGAGGCAUGGAUCCCGACGGCCGCAUCCAGAGGCAGGCCAAGCAACGGAGCGGCACCAAGGAGGCCACGCCCGAGGAGCAUCAUCUCGCAGAGGUCAUCAAGGAGCUCACCGGGACCGUCACCGAGACGAUUGACAAUGCCAAGCGCAAGAUUGAAGGAAUGCCGCAUGCCAAGAAGGAGCUGAAUCCGCUUUGGGCCCUGCUGUCAGAGCCCUUGUUCCAGAUCAUCGCGGCGGUCGGCCUCUUGCUGCACGGGGUGCUGGGCCUGGUGGGCCGUCUGUUGGGAGGUUUGGGUCUAGGCGGCCUGGUCGAGGGGUUGCUCGGCGGACUUGGCUUGAACAAGGUGCUUGACGGGCUUGGACUGGGAAGCAUCACGGGUGCCUUGACUGGAAAGAAGGAGAAGAAAUGA